AUGCUCGUCAGGAAUGUUGGACAGCAAAAUGUGCUGGUUUCCAGUCAAUCUGAACUCACCAAUUCCGUGCUCGACCAUGUAGUGAGCGAUCUUGUUCAAACCGGUCUUGUGAGGUCUCUCGACAGUGUCCUCGAUUCUACCAUUCUCGAUGAAACAGGUGUAGUGGUUCAAUCCCAGCUCGUCUUUACACCAGCCAAAGUAGUCGAUGUUGGAGUCGAUCUUGAAUGGCUUUGGAGCAUCGAACUUCUUGCCCCACAGCUCCUCAACCUUGCUCUUGUAAACAUCAACUCCCAUGUCGUCAAUGGUGUACUUUAA